AUGAACCCGCACUACCACGGGUACGCGGAGCUCAGCUCGCCCCACCCCUCCUCACCGGAGGCGGCCUUCGCCAACGGGCACGACUACCCACACAAUAACAAUAACCCAGCACUCAAAGAAUGCGCCGGAUGCGGCGGAAAGAUCGUAGAAAGAUUCCUCCUCCACGCCCUUGACAGAUAUUGGCACCAUGGCUGUCUGAAAUGCACGUGUUGCGGUCAGGCACUUGCGGAUAUGGGCAGAUCGUUCUACUUCAAAGGAGGGAUGAUAUUAUGUAAAAGCGACUAUACAAGGUGA